GGUAUGAGAGGGGUGCUGAGGCGGGCAGCGGCGGCCGGGAGUUCGAGGCAGCAGGCCGCGGCAGGGGACGGGGCAGGUUUGGCGAGGGCUUCUACGACCAAGCCGGCCGUGGCUCAGCCGCCGGUCGCGGCAGCAGCACCCCUGGUCGCGGCGGGCCGCAUCCCGCCGCCUAUCCCCCGCAGCAGCAGCAGCAGCGCCGGCAGGAGCGUACCCUGGAGGAGGAGUUCCCGCCCCUGCCGGGCAGCAACGCUGCCGCAGCUAAGCCGCUGGCCGCCGCAGCGCCAGUUGGGGCAGUCGACGGCAGCAACAGGGCUGCUGCAGGUGCCGAUGCUGCGGCGCCGGCCGCAGGUGGGGUGCGGCGCUACAGCAAGAUGGCAGGGAAGGCUGCGGGGGUUGGUGGCGGUGAGGGGGCUGCAGGCGGCAGUAGCACAACAGCAGCUGAGACCGGGCGCGGCCGUGACAGGGGUGCGGAUGCGAGCAACCGGGCGAGCAAGCUAUCCGCCGCUGCGGCCACGUUUGAGCCGACGCCGCCGCCUCCGUCAAGCCAAGCAGCUGGCAAGCAGCAGCCCCCGGCUCAGCCACCCCAGCCACAGCAGCAGCAGCAGGCGGGUAUUGUUUCCUCCGUCCCUGCCGCCUACGGCGCCCCGCUGCAGCCGCUGCCCGCCGUCGCUGCCAUGGCCCCCGCGGGCCCCUCUGUGGGCGUGCCUGAGGCCUACGGUGCACCCCUGCAGCCGGCUCCAGCGGCACCGCCGCCCAUGCAGCCGCAGAUGAUGCAGCACCCACAGCAGCUGCAACAACAGCAGCAGCAGCACCCCUACAUGCAGGCCGGCGGCCCCAUGCAAGGCGGCCUCAUGCCUGGUCAGGGCCCUCCCAUGAUGGGCGGCCCCCAUGGGCAGCCGCCCAUGCAGCCCCAGGGCCCCCCUGUCGUACCGCCGCAGCAAUUGCAGCAGCCGUACGGCGGUAACGGUAACGGCGGUUACGGAGGUUACAACGACAUGGAAACCUGGUUCCAGGACGCGUACCAGAAGGCUCUGGCCACGGGUAUGGAGCCCCAGCAGGCCUACAGCGCCGUACAGGGGUACGUGCAGGGCAUGCAGAUGGCCUUCCAGACACUGGCGCAGCAGCGGGGCGGCUACCCGGCGGGCAUGGGGCCCCCGGCGGGCGGGGUGCAGGCGCUGGGGCCUUGAGGGGCUGUGGCGGCAGUGGGAGCGUGUAAUACGGCUGCAGGCAGGCAGUGUCGUAGGUAGCGUGGUGGUGUUGGCUCUGUUUUGGAGCCGUGGCGUGGCGUGGAAUGUGUUUCAGAGCUUUCCGACGUAAGUUGUGCUUUGGGGGGUUAAGGAUUGGAGGGGGUACAAAUAUAGUGCGCUGGAGGCCGAGGUUGGCAGAGAAGUUUUGGCGCAGGCGUUUGGAAGGAACCUGGGUUUGUGGGAGGUGCUGGCGAGCGGUUGAGUUGUUAGCUUGUUAGGCGGAAGGGUGGUUCGUAAAGCGCGCUGCUCGCAUUGUGCGGCCCUCGUGUUUAGGGCAAAAAGAUUGGUGUAGUUGCCGUUAGCCCCUUAUCAGGACAUAUGAGGUUAUGGGUAGGUUGAAGACAAUAUCCGUUUCGAAGACAGUACGAGAAGAAAUGGGGCAAACGUAAACGGUUUAGGGGACUUGAACAGUGUUUGGGCAAUUGCAUAAACGCACGUGGUACCCGGGUGCGUUUGCGUGGUGUGCUCAUGUAAAAUAGUGUGGCAUGCGUCAACACAGGCAAUCCGGUUAUAACAGCGGUGGUAAAAGGGGGCAGUGGUGGUAGGACUGAUGUUGAAACGUUUGGGGUCAGAUGCUGUUUAAUGUUUAGGGUCGUACUUUGAAUCCAUCCAGAAGGCUGUUGUAGGAAUUCUCGAGCAGCAGCAACUAAGAAGACCUUUGCGCCGAGGCGCAUUUCCCAUUCUCUGCAUGUCAUGUGUUGGCAUUGGUGCAGGGUCGUGGACAUGAGGAUUGGGGACGAUGUGAUGUGGCUUGGCUGGGGCCCCGCGUAGCAUGGUGUUGGCAUUGGCGCACACGCCUUGCAGCUUCAGGUUGUGGCUCGGUGGCUGGGUAGUGCGACUGCAACUGUCACUCCGAGCCACCCUAGCAGCUUUGGGAGGUCUGGGAGGUACGGCAGGUCCUUAGGACGGAGGAGGAGAGUGUUUGGGCCGGGGGGUGAGCUCCUCUCCAUGCGGUGGGAACUGGGAGGUCGUGUGUCAUGAGGCGCGUCGUGUUUUGGGUUGUGAGUGAUUCGGCGGGUGCGGCAGAAGGUGCUAUGAGUAAACAUAGGCACGAACUAGGCCAGCGACAAUGCUCCGGUGAUGAGGCCCGGGCUCUUUCGAUAGUACUUUGACUUCUCCGACUAUUCCUGGGUUUAAUGUGGUGUAACAGAUGUGCGACG